GCCAACCGUCAACAACGAACGAAGAAGAAGUCAACCGCCGGAUAUUCCGAGGAUCAAUAUGAAAUAAAUAAUACAUUUAGGAGGUUUUUGACUUUAACUUUCAAUAAUUGCUGGGAUUAUUACACAGGGACUAAAUGGGUGCAUAUUAUUGCGCCAUAUGUAAUCAGACAACAUUCUGCGGGAAGAAGAAACACAUCUUUGGAAAAAAUCACCAAAGCAGACUCAGAGUCGUUCUACUUAAAUUUACUGAAAAGGUCAAAGAAGCUCGACGAACCCUUAAAAGACCCCAAGUGGAAAAGUUUGAUUGCACUCAGCACAAGCAGAAGUUCUGGUGCUACUGCUGUGGUCUUGAAGUUGAACGGGACGUCACAGAUGACAACAUGACAGUGAUGUAUGGAGGCUUAUUGGAGCACAUGGCCACACGAGAACACAGAAACAGUACUUAUAAGUUUUGGUGGGACAACAAGGCUGACCCCAAGCUUAGAGAUAGAGUCUUAAUCGCAGAGGAAGAAACUGAAAGGUUUAAGGCUGAAGUGGCAAAAGUUUUGGAGUCCUUUGUGGAAAAGGAAGACGAGUAUAUUAAGCAGCAAGCUGAUGUUAUCCGGGCCCAGGAAAAGCACCGCCAGGAGGUCUUCCAGUGUCUUUUAGAGCCCAAUGAAGAGCGGGAGUUAUCCAAUGGACCCAGCAGCACCGAUCCAUUGGUGGAGGUUUCUGUCAGUUCUCAGUUUCAGUCUCAAGUGUCGGAGCAGCAGGUUGGGAGCAGGUUUGACCCGAUUAUUGAGGCGCCCUGGACACUUGCAGGACGAAACCUGACUUUUAUUGGUUAUCAGGAUUCAUCAAGCAGUGGAAAUGUGCAUACGGGAGCCGUUCCACCUUGGCUCCAAGAAGAUCCACUAGAGGGGCCGUCCGGAGCAGCGGCACAGGCUGAGAUCGGCCCGUCACUCCAGGAGUUCCUCAAGCAAAAGGAGCAAGAAAAACUAAGGAAACUUCCUCCGAAUAGAGUGGGAGCCAACUUUGAUCACAGCUCUCAUACAGACGCCAACUGGCUUCCCUCUUUUGGUAGAGUGUGGAACAGUGGCCGGCGCUGGCAGUCCAGACACCAAUUCAGACAAGAGGAGGGGCAGAAGAAUAAACAGAAGAGGAAGCGGGAACAUGCCACCAGCGGAUCAAAAACAAAACCAGCCAAACAGCCGCCCAGUUCUGAUAUUUAAAACUUGAUUCCAUGCAUUAGUACUAAGGUUUGGAAUUAUGUUUUUAUGUGUUAAAUUGGUUUUUAUGCAGAAUUUUUGUGAAGCUUUCUUGCAGUGUAGAAACCAAUAAAACACUCCACCAUUAAUGAGGACAUGUGCCCUCUUGUGCUGUAUAGUUACAAUUUACAUAAUGAAAAGCCUGAGGAAGGUUAAUUUUGUUAGUAUUGAAAUUGCAUUUGAAAAUUCAUUUUAUGUUAACAGAAGUUGUGCCUCAUGCUUUGCCCUACAGUUGACAGAAAACAUUGUUUUAAGGUAUUUUUAUUCCAGUGAACAGCAGGGGGCAUGAACAAUCCAAAUGAGACUGCAUGUUAAAAAGUUAACAAGAUAUCAGUCCUGUUUUUAUUAUGAAUGGAGCUUUACCUUUUUUAGCAUAUGUUUUCUAUUUGGCCAGGCUGUAACCCUAUAAAUGAUGAGCUUUCACCCCCGUUUUCAGAUCAUGUUAUGGAAAGAAUUACGAGAAAAGUGGAGCAAAGGCAAAUGGGUCACUUGUAGAUGAAUGACUGCUUUU